AUGGCCUCGGUGAGGCGCCCCCUAUCUCUCGAAACUCGAGUCUUUAGGAUCCGAAGGGCGCAUGCGAACCAUUCGUAUGGUCGACAAUACAGUUCUCAACACGCCCGACAACUCCUUUCGCGUCUUGAGGCAGAUAUUACUUUGCCUCCAGGAUUCCUGGUUCCAGUUGCUUUACCGAGAGUACGGUUAUACGGUGAAGAUGUCGCGCCCCCAAACCAACACGCGACUGGCAAUACUGGUCAACGAGAUCUUGCGUCAGACCGAACUUUUAAAACCCGCGAAAAGGCCGAUUUGGGUCCAGAAGGGAGACAGCGUCUAAAACAAAGGCCCAAGAAAACUCCACGGAGCAUAUCAAAGGACAAGCCACGACCCCUAAGCAGACUUCGAGUGUCAUGGUCUCACGCAUGCCCCGGGGAAGAUUGCGUCGAGUCUCUCUGCGAUUUAGACGUUGAACCUACUUUGGAAGACACCAUGCCCUGUGCCUCAACUGGACUGAGCACAGGCGCUUUCCUUGAUUACGAAGUCCCAGAGCUUGGAUCCCAUGCUCUUCCAUCACUUCAACUGGUCGACACGCUUUAUACUUCUGCUUUGAACGCUGGUUUAGAUGAUUCAACCGUCCAGAAAAUCGUAACUGAAAUUCUUCCGCCCUCAUCAGGCGUUGCAUUUGGGAAAGAUGCUCGCGACCUUCUCAUAGAAUGCUGCGUCGAAUUCAUCACGCUCAUCUCGUCAGAGGCGAACGAGAUUUCAGAGAAAGAGGCCAAGAAGACCAUCGCAUGCGAACACAUCACGAAGGCAUUGGAACAGCUUGGAUUUAGCGAGUAUGUGGCCGACAUUUUAGAUGUGGCGAAUGAUCACAAGGAGCAGUUGAAGGGCCGCGAGAAGAAGGCGAAUAAACUUGAGCAGAGUGGACUCUCGACUGAGCAGCUGCUUGCAAUGCAAGAGGCUGCAUUUAAGGAGGCAGCUGAGAGACACGGCUGA